UGCUGUGACUCUAUGGGAGUGUCACUCACUGUUAGGCGUGUUCACUUCACUGUCAGUUCUCCACCGGACAAACACAGCUAAACGCUUUCUCACAGACGAAGCUGGUUCUGCCUCCGUCGCCACCUAUUUAUUAAUCUUCUAAGCGCUGAAGCAGUUUUCGAAGUGCAUCUGACACUGGCGAUUUUGCUCUUGGCGUCUGUUUUAAAGAUAAGACGGAAUCACUAAGCUGCGGACCUCAAGAUAUUAAGUGUUAUUCAGAGGCUCUGGCGUGAUGUCAGGCCCGGGCGAGUCAGAUGACAGAGAGCUGAGGCCGGUAGACUUCAUCCAGCUUCAGCAGUACAUUGACUACUGCAGUCUAAAAGUAAAAGAUGUGUUAAAGGAAUUCAAUGCAGAUGGCAGGUUAGCCAAGUACAGACACGGAGAGUGCAUUGAUGAGGAAGGUUUCCGCCUCUUCCUGAAGACAUAUUUGGAGGUGGAGGACUUCCCAACGGAUCUGUGCCAGCGGCUGUUCAGAUCCUUCCAGAACUCAGAGUCAGCAAAAUCAGAUGAAAACAGGGAAGUCUUUCUGAAGGAUGUGUCCUGUUAUUUCUCUCUCCUGGAAGACGGGCAGCCCAGGGACAAACUUGAAUUUGCCUUCAGGCUCUAUGACAGAGAUGGCAACGGUGUCCUGGACAGUUCGGAAGUGGACCGCAUUAUUGCCCAGAUGAUGCACGCAGCAGAUUACCUCGGUUGGGAUGUGUCUGAACUGAGGCCUGUGCUGAAGGAUAUGAUGACAGCGAUUGAUGCAGAUAGCAGUGGAACGGUGUCGUUACAGGAAUGGGUGGAGGGGGGAAUGAAUAACGUCCCGCUGCUGGUUUUACUGGGACUUAAGAUGACCCAAAGAGACGGCCAGCACCUGUGGAGGAUGAAACAUUUCAACAAGCCUGUGUACUGCAACGUCUGUCAGAAUAUGCUUCUGGGGCUGCGCAAACAGGGUCUCUGCUGCACCUGCUGCAAAUUCACAGUCCAUGGCCGGUGUGCAAAUAAAAACCCGGCUCCGUGCACCCGCACAUAUGUGAUGUCAAAGAAAGAGACUGGGAUUGCGGCCCAUGACUGGGUGAGUGGAAACUGUGAUUCUGGGAAGUGUGACCGGUGUCAGAAGAAGAUAAAGAGCUUGCAUGGCCUCACUGGGAAACGAUGUGUCUGGUGUCACACCAUGAGACAUGAUGAGUGUGCAACCCAGGAACCCUUUGAAUGUGAUUGUGGCCCUUUCAGAGAUCAUAUCUUACCACCGUGGGCCAUUUAUCCCGUCAUCAAGGAGAGGCAGAACUGCAUAAAGAAUGGCUGUGCAUUUGCAAGUGAUGACAGUGAGCACAACACUACACCUGAUGGACAGGUACUACAGAUAAACCCAAUUCCUGACACUCAUCCUCUUUUGGUGUUUGUAAAUCCUAAAAGUGGCGGUAAACAGGGGGAGAGAGUCCUUCGGAAAUUCCAGUACUUGUUGAAUCCUCGGCAGGUUUAUAACCUUUCCAAUGGUGGACCAGGACCAGGGUUAUGUUUCUUCAGAGAUCUGCCGGACUAUAGAAUAUUAGUUUGUGGAGGUGACGGCACAGUUGGCUGGAUCCUUGACGCUAUAGAUAAAGCCAACCUGCCAAUGCGCCCCCCGGUGGCCGUACUUCCUCUUGGCACAGGAAAUGAUCUUGCACGCUGUCUUCGAUGGGGAGGAGGUGAGGGCAAAAAAUCAGCAAUCAGUUUGUGGCUUCAUUUUCAUGCAUAUAUACUUUCUUACAGAAUGAAGAACAAACUGUGGUAUUUUGAAUUUGCCACGUCCGAGACGAUCUCAGCAUCUUGUAAGAAACUCAAGGAGUGUCUCACCAUUGAGUGUUGCGGGACCCAGUUGGAUCUCAGUAAUCUUUCUCUGGAAGGCAUCGCCGUCCUCAACAUUCCCAGCAUGCACGGCGGCUCUAACCUGUGGGGUGAAGCCAAAAAAAGUGACCGAGCGGAGCAGGACUUGCCUGGAGUCAUAGUAGACCCCGAAGUCUUAAAAGUGAGCCCACAAGACAUGAGCGACAAACGCGUGGAGGUGGUGGGAUUGGAAGGAGCCAUCGAGAUGGGACAGAUAUACACAGGGCUGAAGAGUGCAGUCCGACUCGCCAAAACAUCUCAGAUUAUCAUCAGGACAAAGAAGCCUUUGCCCAUGCAGAUUGAUGGAGAACCGUGGAUGCAGCCACCUUGUACUAUUCACAUCACACACAAAAACCAAGCCAGUAUGCUGAUGGGCCCUCAAGCCAAAUCUGGCUUUUUCAACCUGAAAUAGAGUUUACCUGCGCUGGAGGAUGAUUCACUUCGCUUCGAAACUCUGUGUGCAUUAACAAGGACUCUGAAGCUAAUGACAGUGUAAAGUGUAUGUAGAUUUUGCAGAAAAUCCUUAAUAAGGUUAUAGCUCUUACUCAAAAUCCUUGUGUGUUUUUAGGAGAUUAUCCUUACAUGAGGUACAAACUCUUCGCUAGACCAUCUUAACAUCAAAUAUGCUCUCCUUAAAGAAAUGUAGUGCUCUUAAACAGUAGCUCAUGCAUUUUUGGCUGUGAUAAACAAACUCAUAUCAUGUGCACAGGUCAUUCCAGGUAAAUAGGUUGGAUAUUUGUUUUAAGGUUAUAUAUA